GACUCCUCAUACUUUGCGGAGCUUUUGCUCUCAACUCAGCCAGCCGAGAGGAUGAGCGGAUCUGUGUCUGGGCUUCCUCCGCGGCGGUUUGUCCUCCACGCCCCCGUUUGAACAAGUUCCUUCGGUCUGAUGUUUCCCUUCGGAGCUUCUUUUGGGAGAGAAUGCGUCUUCUCGGUUUUGCGACUUUAUUUGGAGUCCUUCUCAACGCAGGAGAUGCCCUUCAGAUCCAAUGCUACCAGUGUGAGGAGAUGAAGCACAAUGACUGCUCCACGCCGGAGUACAUCGUCAACUGCACUGUCAAUGUACAGGACAUGUGCCAGAAGGAGGUGCUGGUCAAACCUGAUGGAAUACAUUAUCGGAAGUCCUGUGCCUCCUCUGGAGCUUGCCUCAUCGCCUCCUCUGGAUACCAGCAGUUCUGCACCGGUAGGCUGAACUCAGUCUGCAUCUCCUGCUGCAACACCCCGCUCUGCAACGGGCCCAGGAGGAAGCGUCCCGUCCCCUCGGCGGCGACAUCCAACCGGCCGCUUCUCCUCUUCCUGACCUUCUUCCUGCCACUGCUGAUAUGCUCCUGUAUAUGACGUAGACUGAGGAGCACGUCUCCACUCUACAGUUUGUUUCCUUUAGUCCAAAACUGUAGAAAAGAAUCCUCACUUUGUUGCUCUUGUUUUCGGGUCAUUUAGUCAUGGCAGAAUCUUGGCAUGUCAUCCAAUACGGUUCAAGUAUUUUGCAGCAGGAGAGGGAGUCAAAUCAUAUCAGGUUGUCCUUGCAACUUCAGCUGAACAGGAUGAACGUGUUUGCACUUGUGUCUGUAAUUUCCCCGCUAACGGUGACCCGAACACAAAGAAAUGCAUCGGUCCGAGCCACAGUUAGAGGACAAGUUUGACAUUUGGGACCUUUAUCACUUUCUGGUGGAGCGUUUGAUGAGAAGAUCACUACUACUGUUACGCCUGUCUGUUAAACGUAUGCGACUAUCAGUGACUGGUUAGCUUAAAGUGGGGGGAAACAGCUAGCCUGGCUCCAUCUGAAGGCAACAAAAUCACUAAUUGACACAUUAUAUCGUUAUUUAAUCUGUCCAAAAAUUCCGUCUUUGUGCUAAUAAGAUAAGCUAACAGGCCUUAUUUUUAAUGGACAGAUGUACAGAUAUAUUAAACAUAUAUUCCAAAAUAUUCCUUUUCGGGAAAUCUACAGCAUACACUCAUUUAUUUUGCAUAUUUUCACUGAUUCACCUCGGAGCCGGACCUGCGAUCACUGCUGUGAUACUCUGAAGCCACUCUGGCUUUGUAUCCUCUCAGCGUUGAGAAAACACUGUUAAUCUGAUCAAUGUAACACGGUGACCACUGAGAAUGAGACUGCAAGUAUAUGGAGCGUUCUGAAUCAUUUAUUGCUGUUGUUGCAGGACAAGGACCACGCAGUCUGCAGUCGAGGCGUCUCUCACCUUCUUUGCUUUUUGUGAAGUGGAGCGUUCUGUGAGGAACCUGCUCUGGAGUUAUUUUCUGGUACUGCUAGAAGUUAUUGUAGAAAAUGAGCUUUUACUUUGUGGGCUUUUGUUGAUGUAUGGUUUGAAACAGCACUGUUUGGUUGUAUUUCUUGUUAAUGCUGUUGUUGCUCAGAAUGCACAGGUUUCAUGUAAUGCAGAAGGUCCUUUGAUUCAGGCGGAUAUGAAUUUGGAGGGUUCUGAGGUCUCGCUCUUGCAGCAUAUUAAUAAUCAUAUAUGUGCAUAUUUUCCACUGCCGUACAGUGUUGAUUGACAUUUUACUUCUUGGAAUAUGAACGAUGCUGAGAGGGAUUUGGAAAGACUAUUUGUGUUAUUGCUUUUUAAUACUCCCUCAAAAGUUGAGUCCGUCGCACAGGAAGCUGAUUAGAUGUAUUAAUUAGACUUUGAUAUUGCAUAUAUUCCUUUGUGAAAUUAAAUAUUAUUAAAUUGUCUUAGAGCUGAAUUUGGAGAUGCCUGUUACAAUGAGUUACACGAUUUAUAUUACAUAGACAGUAUAAGAACAAGUUACAAGCACAAAUACAUUCUCACCAGAGAAAUGCUGAUGUCAGCAAUUCUUAAGUUAAUAUUCCUUAAAACUAAAAAGAAUCAGCAUAUGAUCAAAUUAUAGCCAGUACUGCAUGUAGACAAUGCUGUCGACCAAAUACGGUAUUUUAAAAUCUGCACCGAUGAGAAUACAUUUGGCUAACUGUAUGGAUCUUAUUUCCAAGUUCAGAUGAUUAUUUGGUGAAUAUAGGUUUAUAUUUCCAUCCAAAUUAUUCAUUUGCUUCAUGAGGUUUUAUUUGGCUGCUACGAUUCUGUUGUUUCCUUUUCAAUCUGUACAGUCUUAUAUUUAUAUGUAGGCAACAAAUGCAGACGUUCUUCUGUGUUUUAAUGUCACACGUGAUGAUUUGAAUGGUCUAAAGCCAAGAAAGAUUGUUGUGUGUUGAUAAAUAUUCUAAGACUUAUUUCAGAGCCUCAUUCGACUGAAACAAACACAAGGUUUCAGACAGAGAUGCACCAUCCGAUAAAUGUUCAUGGCAGUUUGUUUGGAUUGGUCUUCUGUGAAGAGUAACGCUGUAUUCUGCUGAUUUGUGACGUGAAUAAAUGUUGCUGAAAAACGGACCUGUCAAGUGUUUAGAUGGCAUGAUUUCAGUCAGCAGCAAGAGCCCCAUACAUCAUGUCUGACUGUUAUUAGAUAGAGUCUAAGGAGGUCAUUUAUUACUGGUUAUAAGUUGUUGGUUUCCAGGAGGAACUGCCCCAUUUAAACCUAUGUAAACAUUGAUUUAUUACUUAUACCUUUGUAAGCUUUCCUGCAGACAAAUAUCACAUCUCUGCAACAUCUUCUGCUGACUUGCUGUGAAAAGACUUUAGGUUACCCUUCACCGGAAUGAAUGAAUAGAAGGUAUCCCAAUGAACUGUCUGCAUAAUUAGUACCAAAUCAGGUCCUUUCAAUGAACCAAGCUAUAAUAGUUCCUUUUUAGAAAAUGAAAGGAAGCAAUGGAAGCUGUAAACUCUACAAAAUAGUCCCGAUAAAGCAGCGCCCUGUUGAUUCAGUGAACUAUUGCAACGUUAACAUAUUUUCCUUCAUGAUUAAACAAAGAAAAAGCAACAAAAGGAAGAAGUUGUAGCAUUUUCAGUGCAGCAUCCUUCACAUGCAGCCUUUUCAAGCCUACAGCUCAACAUUAGGAUUCACCUCGGAUAUAAUGCAUCACUUUUGAGGGUUUUGGAGGGAGAGGGUGACUUUAUUUGACUCUCUGGGAAAUGAAAUGCAGCACUGCUGGUGGGCCCUGGAAGGUUAUGUGGGCCUAUAUGUUCUCUGUAUCUUCAACCUUCACACAGCCAGGCUAAGGACGCCGUGCAACCAGCGCUUUAUUAAAUUCGCUACAUUUCAGUACUUAAUGACUCAUCUAUUGAUUAUUUUGUGCACUGUGCACCCUCUGUGGUUUCCAAAUGAGCAUGCACAUACGAGAGUCUUGGAAUACAUUUUCUUACUGUGCAUGCUUGACUCUACCUGUUUG